GAUGGCAGCAGACCAUAACGAAAGAAAGAAACGUGAAAAUGGCGUCUUUGAAAGCAACAGUGACGAUGUAUCAAGAAUUAAACAAGGAAUGGAAGAAGAAAACGCCCGAUCUAAACAAAUGCGGUGAAAUAUUGGGAAAGUUGAAGAUUGCACUUCUGAAACUCUCAUUUCUUCCAACAAGCAGCAGUCAACCAAGCCAGAAAGAAUUAUUAAUAGCAAGAGAGGUUCUAGAGAUUGGUGUUAAAUGGAGUGUGAGCAAGAGAGAUGUCCAAUCAUUUGAGAGAUACAUAGCACAACUAAAGCCGUACUAUUUUGACUUCAGGGAAAGCAUGCCAGUUUCACCAUACAGAUAUGAACUACUUGGACUAAAUCUCCUGAGAUUAUUGUCUCAGAACAGACUGGCUGAGUUUCACACUGAGCUUGAGUUGUUGCCUGCUAAGGAUCUUCAGAGUAAUAUCUACAUCAAACAUCCCGUAUCAAUAGAACAGUACCUCAUGGAAGGCAGCUAUAACAAGGUAUUCCUGGCCAAGGGCAAUGUGCCUGCAGACAGCUAUAGAGUCUUCAUGGACAUCCUACUGGAGACGAUCAGAAAGGAGAUAGCAGCGUGUGUUGAGAAGGCUUACACCAAGAUCUCAUUCCAAGAAGGAGCUAGACUUCUCUUCCUAUCAUCAUUACCUGAGGUCAAAGCAUUUGCAAAAGAGAGGGGCUGGGAGCUUGGAAGUGACAACUGCUUUCAAUUCCAGGAGGAGAAGAAGACUGAUGACGCGAUCCCAUCUUAUGAAUUAGCACUGCAGGCCAUAGACUACGCCAAGGAGUUGGAGAUGAUAGUAUAACAGGGCCAGCACUCUUGUACAGUGUAUUUAUAUUGUAAAAUGUUAAAGUCAAACACACAUUUCUGUGUAACAGAAAUCACCAAUUUGUAACAUGAUACAUCAUCUUUUAUGUUAUGUCAUGUGCCUGCUCAGUUAAAACCCCAAUUUACCUCUCUCCUGCCAACUAUCUCUCCGUAAUGUUAAAAAGAAAUAGGAUUUCCUUUUGUAUUAUGAAAUGAAACCUUCCAUGCUCCCAAUAUAGAUUUGCAAUGCUGGACGUUGUAGCCUUGCUGAAAACACAAGUCUGCGUACAUUCAUACAAAGGUAUUGUCUAAUUGUUAGUACACACACAUUGUAAAUUCACAUACCCGUUGUGAGGCAAACCAUUGUUGCAAUUAAUAUUGCGAUAAAAACAAAACAAUAGCUUUAUAUAGAUGGACAUACUAUAUUUUCAUCAAAGUUAUGGGUCUCUAGUAUCAUUAGCAAAAUUGAAUGCUUUUGUUCAUUGUCUUAAAAUACAUUUUUUCAAUAAACAUCAAAAGAGUACUUUUUGCGCCAGUUACUUGUUUUCAUGUUUUUUUUUCUAUGUCAUAAUAGUAAGUGUAAAUUAAUUUUGUUUGUGGACCCUAUAAAAAUGGGACAGUCCAGUAAUAGAUGGUUUCUAAUACUGUUAAACAUUAAACAAGGUACAAGUUAAUCAUAAAUGAUUUGAAGAAUGUUGAAAUCUUUGUAAGUCAGAUAUCUACUUAAUUUGUAUGAUGAUUUGAAGCAGAAAAAGUUUAACACAUUCUCUUGGUGGUAUCGGGUAAAUUGAUUCAUUUCCAUGAAUCUGUUUUUUCUGUUAACUUGAAUUAUGAGUAGAAUUCCUCCCAGAUUCAUGCAACACACUUUUUUAACAAGCAAGAAAAUAUGCAAUUGAUGAUGGAUUUUUCAGAUACGCAUAUCUCUUGAGUUUGAUAAAAGUUUAUGUAUUAUGUAGAAAAUGCAUUUGCUACAGUGAAUAUUUCACUGACAUUUUACAAGCAGAAGUAUUACAUCUGCUUUUCUUGCCUGUGAUAGCAUUCAAAAUAAAAGUGGUAUGUGAAUCUUAUAUCAGAGAUACUUGUUUUCAGACAAAGAUAUUUACUUGAAAUUUGGCUUUCUCACUUGAGACCAGUUUUAUGAUUCUGCAUAUUUAUGUGAAGUCCAUCACACAAAAGCCAAAAUUUGAUGUAUAACAUGUCAUGAAAAUAUCUCCUUUUUAAAGAGUUGUGAUGUUCACUUGUGGAAUCUACCUGCAUCUGUAGAGUACCAAUUUUAUACUGAUUACUAAUUCUCUUUUUCCUUUCAAAAUACCACUUUCUUGGAAGGUUUCUGUAAAGCAGGCAUAUUUUGUUCAUCUUAUUUUUUGUACACGUUUUAAUUUUUGUUCUUGUACAUGAAAUAAAUUACAAUGGAAUGUUAAGACA